UGUUAGAUCUGCUCCAUCGUCUCUCUCUCUCAUACACACACACCCACUCGACCCACCAAUCUCAACGUCGUGUGGCUUAGUGUGUCUCUGUUCUGCUCAGAAUCACAGUGUUAUCCUCUAUAGUGUAGUUACACACACAGAAACAGGCGCACAUUAAGACGGAGAGAUACAGUCUCUCUCUGCUCCAUCACAGCAUCACAGCCAGCAUCAGCAGCACACGCAGCAUCCAGCAUGGAUGUACUAAUGAAGGGAUUUUCCAUGGCCAAGGAGGGAGUGGUGGCCGCUGCAGAGAAGACCAAAGCUGGUGUAGAGGAGGCGGCUAUGAAGACCAAGGAGGGUGUUUUGUAUGUGGGUAACAAGACAAAAGAGGGAGUCGUCUCAGGUGUCAACACAGUGACAAACAGAACUGCAGAACAAGCCAACAUAGUUGGUGAUGCAGCAGUGGCAAAUGCCAAUGACGUAGGGCAGAAGACCGUGGAGGGUGUGGAGAAUGUGGCUGCAUCAACCGGCAUGGUGAAUCCAGAUGAACAAGUAUAUGAGGCUGACUACUCCCAGGGUGGCAUGGAGGGUGGAGACGGUGGCCAGGGUUAUUAGGCCUGGAAGCAGAAACACCCCUUCUCUCCUCAGACUCUACCUGUCCGGUCUCUCACUAUUGUUGUCCUAGUCCAGUCUCUCAUUGAAAACCUUUGCUGAGAUUUUUUUCUUUGUGACAGUAUGAAAAGCAAAUCAAUCUAAGGCUCUCAUUUCACUGAUGUUUGCUCUGUGUAGCUUUUUUUUCUACCACUGCCCCUGUCUUGGUGUUGUCAUUGUAUUUUCCUAGUGUUGUCACCCCUGAAGUUUUUGCUAAAGCAAUCUAAAGUUUUCACAUAUUUUAAUGUUAUACUAAAUGUAGAAUGUGGGUAAAAAGAAGAUUGUGGCGUGGGCAUGUUGUGUUGUAAAAAAUGGGAAUCUUUUGAAAUCUAGAUGCCCCAAUGUUUGAUUGGCACCAAAAAUGAUCUGAUCUUUAUUUAAGUCAGAACUCAAAUUAGACCCAUGUCAACUUUUUAAAACAAUUGCAUGUACCUCACUACUACCCAUAAUUUUCACAAUAAAGCACUGAUAACAUUAUAUUAGGAAUUUAAUCCAAAUUCUGUAAAAAAUCAUUAAUUUUCUUAAUGUCACUAGAGCCAAACAAAGAAAUAUGAAAAGUCUGAAAAGCUAUGACAGUGUAUGAGAGACUGUAUACAUGUGCUGUGAACUGCACAAAAAUAUUGACACAAAGCUAAUAUGUCUGACAUUUUUAUUAGAGAAUAAAAAUGAGUUUCUUUAUAGUGAACACAGCACAAAAAGAUGCAGCAAUGUGAGCAGAUUCUGUUGUUUUUGUUUGGGGGUCAGAAGAGAGGCAGUAAGAAUUAUUAUUAUUAUGAACGUCAGAUUUCACAGCCAAGUGAUGGUUCAAGCAUGAAAGGUCUUUGCGAUGCAUUUCAUUCCAAUGAAGCAUGUACUUAUAAGUGUUCGCUUAGAUGUGAUGGUCAUGUUUGGUGUUAUUUUGUGUUUAUAAUGCUGCAGUGUAUACAAUCUGAAAAUGUGUACACUCACAUACAGUACAUUACAUUCCUUUAACUCGGUAUGAGUGACAAAACAGCAGUCACUGUGUGUUUGAUGACUAGUUUUAGUGUAUGUUGUGUUCAAGAAUUCUAUAAAGAAAUGAAUUUACAUGUAUCCAAAUGAUUUAAAUACAAAGCUACCUGAGAAUAAAAUAAUAUAAAAUAUAAAUCUAUGAAGCAUUUCAGUUGCAUCUAUUUAUUUGCUUGUCUUUGUACAAUUGUGAAGAGUCAGAAGCAAUAGUUUAAAAGCUACUUUGGAAUUAUGAGUGUUAGCUGGAGAAUCAGGAAAAAAACAUAUAUUAUUAUUAAAAACAUUUUAUUUUUUUAGUUGAUUACAGUGCAUGUGAAUUUGGUGUAUCAGCAACCAGAUAUGCUUGUGAUGUGAAGCAAUAGUACUACCAUUUAAUAAUGGUUCGUUCUGUAGCAAUUUGCAGUGGUGUUCUAGCACUGUUUUAUUAACUGAAUGCCAAGAUGUGUUGCUGAUGAGUUUCUUCAUUUCUCCACCGAGAAUCCCUCAAAUAAUGUAUGCCACCCCAGUCUGUGCUUGUGUUGGCUUUGGGUGGGGAAACAUAUUUAUACAAUGCAGUGUGUUCUUUCAUUGGAAACUGAAGACUGCAUGUUGCCUCAUGAGCACUCUAAAACUCACACAGACGUAUAAAUUCACAUUUUUCUCAAAUCGCCACUCAUUACCUACAGAUUACAAAUGCACACACAGACACGCAUGCACGUGUCCCCAAAUGGUUAAGUUGAAAUCAGUAAAUAAAAGCUUAUUUUAUAGACAGUAAAAUGAAAUAAAGAGUUUUGUUGAAACUGAUUUAUUGUGCUGGACUGUUUUUUAGACUAUUUGUUUAGUUACUAUGUACUAAAUAGAAAAUCACAGCCAGUUACAACAUGUUACAUGAAUGCAACUGCACAUCUGGAUUGUGCUUAGUUACUUGUAAAACUGGGGCGGCACCGGUGGCUUAGUGGGUAGCACUGUCGCCUCACGGCGAGAAGGACCUGGGUUCGAUUCCCAGGUUGGGCAGUCCGGGACCUUUCUGUGUGGAGAUUGCAUGUUCUACCCGUGUCUGCGUGGGUUUCCUCCGGGUGCUCCGGUUUCCUCCCACAGUCCAAAAACAUGCAAGUGAGGUGAAUUGGAGAUACUAAAUUGUCCACGACUGUUUUCGAUAUAACCUUGUAAACUGAUGAAUCUUGUGUAAUGAGUAAAUACCGUGUCUGUCAUGAAUGUAACCAAAGUGUAAAACAUGAUGUUAAAAUCCUAAUAAACAAACAAACAAACUUGUAAAACUACAA